AUGGAGCUCCCGCGCUACCUCCGCCGCCCGCCCAUCCGCACCUUCGCCCUGAGGCCCCUCUUGAUCCCGCUUCCCCUCCUCGCCGUGCUGACGCUUGCCGUAAUCGUGGUUCAUGCCGAUGUCAACACGGCUCUCCUAUUCUCGCAAUGCCACGCGCGAUCACGCCUCCCGUCUGUCUCGUGGAUCCCCGGUCUCGGUGCCACCCUAUGCUUCGCCCUCUCCUUCUUCCAGCUGGCUCUCGCCUCCGUCCGGUCAUGGGCAGUCAUGGCUGUGAGCCUCAGCUUCCUCGCCGCACUGCUGACCAUAACCAUUGUCGAAUCAUCCCGCAACGGCAGCCGCCCGAACUGGCUGCUGCGCCGUCUCAUGCUGCUCUGGCUCGUCAUGAACCUCCUCGGCGGCUCCAUCAUCUGGCAGCUCCUCAUCGUCGGCAGCUUCAUGCUGCAGAUGGGCCGUGAGGUCCGCUUCAAUCCCACCAACCGCCGUCGCCUGCGUCACGUAUCCUCGGCCUCGAGCUCGAGCUCCUCCAACGACGAAGAGUCUGCCGCACUCGCCGCCGAAGAAGAGGUAGAGCCUGAGGCCGAGUCUCUCACCGCCGAGGAGGCCCUCAAGCGCAAAAUCCGCCGCCGCCACCUCGAGACCGACGCCGACGCAGUCGCCAUCCCCGACGCCGUCGCUCUCGGCUUCGUCCUGCCCUCCAUCCUCAUGCUCAUCUACAACACCCCCGCCACCAUCGGCCUCUGGCUGCUCUUCCCCAUCUGGGUCUCCCUCUUCCGCCGCGCCGCCAAGACGGCCAUUCACAGCCUCCAGCCCCGCCUCUUCCCCAGCCGCCGCCGCCGCUCUGCUCUCUCUUCGAACGGGAGCCACCGUCGCACCCUCGACCUCGAGUCGAACCGCCCCGCUCUGGCCCUCGUCUACCUCGUCCCCGUCGUCUGCUCGCUCGCGGCCCACAUCCACUGGAUCUGGAGCCUGACCCAAAUCAAGUGUCUUUCUUGUCUUGUCUUCUGA